CUUGUUGUUGAUGAGCCGACAUCGGGCUUGGACUCAUUCAUAGCCAAUCGGCCGAACGGUCAUCGUCUCGAUCCACCAGCCCGAUCGGACAUAUUCCAUGCGCUCGACAAUCUGCUGAUCCUCGCCAAAGGCGGACACGCUGUCUUCAGUGGGAAACGCAAAGACGCGGUCGCUGUGAUGCAGAGCCAGGGCUACCCGCUACCUUCGGUGUGGUUCAACCCGGCUGACCAUCUGCUGGAUCUGGUCACUGUCGACCAGCGGCCUGGCAAGGCGACGGAGUCGAAAGCACGGGUCGCGGCGUUGAUCGAGUGGUGGGAUCAGACCGCACAACAGGAGAAGGGCCAGAAUGAGAAGCAGCUGCAUCUGAAAGCCGAAUCUGUGGCGGCAGAAGGAGGCGUUUUGGGGCCGGAUCACACAGACGCCGUUGGCUGGUUGUUACUUUUGAUGUUCUAUGAACGGCUGUCGUUUGGCCCCACCGGUGGUCAGGAUCGGAUUGGUGUCAACUUGCAGUCGACCUCGGCUCUUCCUUUCAUUGGCCUGAUCAACGGAAUUGCCAUCUUUCCGCAAGACCGACAGCUGUUUAUGCACGAAUACCGCAGCCCAGCAGCAUACUCUGUGACGACCCUGAUCUUGUCGUACUCGCUUAUUGAGAUACCCGCUCAAAUCAUCGCUUCGUUGUUUUAUGCUAUCUUUAUGAAUGUUGCGGUGGGGAUGCAAACAAGCGCGCGGAUCUACUUUGAGUACGCGUUGACGAUCUGGACUCUGCAGAGUCUCGGGAGAGCAUCGCCCUCAUCUUCGCGUCGUUCUUCGAUGCGAUGGAAUCGCCGUCUCGCUGGUGUCGACUACGCUGAGUAUGGUCACUCAUUUAGCGGGAUCUUGUCGCUGGCAGUCACUGCCAGCGACACUGUCCACAAGGUCAGAUCCUCAAUCAUUCCUCACUCCUUCGAGAACACUCACAGAUCCCGCUAA